AUCUAUUGUCAUUCUGUCUGUCAAAUGACUUGUCAAUUUGUCAAGCCGAUAGUGAAAAAUAUUAAGCGGAAAUUAUAAUUAUUGAUAUUCGAAUAAUAGUUGUAUAUUGAAGAACCUACAAAAUGUCAGAAAUAAAAAUAGUAGCAGCUAGUAUAGUGAAUUUCCUUAAACAACAACUGGACAGUGACACUCUGAGCGUUGAUUCCCGUGAGAGCGUGGAAGUCGGGGUACAAUGCAUUGAGACGGCGUUUGAAUUAUCUCCUGAGGAACUCGCACGAGGCGUGGAUCUGCUUCAACUCGUCAGACAACAGCGCGGUGGAGCGCCGCGGGUCGACCGCGCCGAAGCCGAGAAGUUGAAGAACGAAGGUAAUGAACUCAUGAAGUCGGAACGUCAUCGUGAGGCUCUCGAAAAAUACUCGCGUGCUAUCGAACUGGAUCCACAGAAUUCAGUAUUCUUUUGUAAUCGAGCCGCCGCACACUUUAAGCUAGGAGAGCACGAAUCUGCAGUCGCAGAUUGCAUGGCAGCACUAGCCUUGCAACCGAACUAUGGAAAAGCGCACGGCCGCCUGGGAAUAGCUCUCACGGCGAUGGACCGCCAUGCGGAAGCUCGCGCUGCAUUUGCCCGAGCUGCGCAACUUGAACCAGAUAAUGAAUCUUAUAAACAAAAUUUGAAACUUGCCGAGGAACGUUUGGCUCAGCGCGGCGAUCGCAGACUAGAUCUUGGCUGCUUGCUACAAAAUACGGCCCUGUUAAAUAUGGCAACAGAAAUGCUUGCCGAUCCAAACAUGCAGAAUCUUAUAUCUGGUUUGAUGACUACUACUAGUCCCAACCCUGCUAAUGGUGCUGCCGUUGGUGCCGCUGGUGGUGGAGGAAUGAAUGCCCUAUUAGAAGCAGGCCAAGCACUUGCACAACAUAUGCAAUCGGCCAAUCCUGAUUUAGUGGAGCAACUGCGACGUCAGAUGCGUCCACCGGGCCCUGGUGAUAACCAGCCCCCUCCUUCACAGUGAAUUAUUAGCAAAGCUACUUCAAAACCCUUUUAUUUUCAAGAAGGUUGCUACUGAUGUUGUAGCAAUAAUAGUAACCUUUUAUUUAAAAGUAAAUUGAUAAUUAUCUUUUAAAUUUUAUUUUGUGCUGUGACAAAACUAUGUUCUUGCUAUGACCGAUACUUGUAAUUUUUGUUUCAUCCAAAAUAAACAAUUUUAUUUAUAUUAUAGAUAUUAGGCCUUACAGAAAUGAAAAUGUGUGUGCCUCUCAAUGUCUGUCAUAUUUUGGAUUGGGUUUUGUGGUAUUUAUUUUUGUUUAUUGUAUAAUCUAUAUGCAAUAUCACUAGUUAGGUAAAAUUGUAAAAUAAUGGAAAUGGCAGUGAGCACACGCACUGACUAAGAUGCAUUAUAUUUAGCCAAUAAAAUAUCUAUGAAUGUUAAAGAAGGGGAAGACUCCUGUUUAUCUCUGUUUAACUGAUAUAUUAUUAGCUAAGAUUUAAAUAAUAAAUUGGUUUUAUUAAUAAAUGUCGUCAAAAA